AUGGCAGAGGAAAAUUACCUAUCGACGCCUGACCUCUCACCUCUCGAGCAAGAGGUGCUGGAUGAAUACGAGCGAUUGGCAAACAACAUGAAGCAGCUCGCCACGCUGCUCGACGAGCUCGCGUCUAACCCGACGACCGAUAUCCUCGAUGGCCUGCGCGACCUCGAGCGCCAGACGAGCUUGGCGUUCACGCUACUCAAGGCGAGCGUGUACAGCAUCGUCUUGCAGCAGGAGAUUGAUUGGGGCGCCGCGGGGGAGGCUGGGCAGGGAGGGCAGGGAGGACAGGGACAGGGACAGGCGGCGGCGACGUCGAGUGCAAUGGGGAGUGACUAUGAGGAUUAA